CUUGAAUGUGUGAAAGGUGACCAGUAUAUUGUUGAUAUGGUUAACACUAAGGUAUGUUUUGCACUGACAAUGGAACUUACCUAAAUGUUAAGAUUGUACACAAUUUAUUAUUAGGUUGAAUAGUCAGGCAUUAUUUGUGAAUUGAAUGGCAGUAUUUAUACCUGGCAAGCAUCUGUUAUUCAAGGGUAGAGACUUUUUUGAAAAGCUGUGGUAUUUUAUCUUCAUCAUCUACAUUUGUUGAAGUGUUUAAGUCCACGACAAUAUUUGAAAGAUGAAGUGAAUAAUUCCAUGAUCUAACUCCUCUUACUGCUCUAACUUCCUGAUGUAUUAAUUUUUUGACCACUCUAACUGGCUAAGCAAGGAACACCUGCUUUUAGUAAGAAUUCCUGAAUAACUGAAAUACAGUGUAAAUGUAUGGCAGACAGAAACAUAAUGUUUGGGCCUUUAAAUUUCAACAUAAUUGUCAUUGUCCUGAAGUUUCUAGCACAGGUGCAAAGUGAAGCUAGUUAACUUAAGAUUAUAAGUUCAGUAAAAAUAAUUUAUUGUUUGCAUGUCUAGUUUCGUUUUUUCCAACACUUCUUUCUUUCUCUUUGUUUCAUUCCAUUCAUACUGUAUUUUUUUAUUCUGCACAGGGCCAUGUUGCCAUGUUACACAAUGCUUGCUGGAAUCCAAAGACUAAAGAUGAAUUUAUUUCCUGCAGUGAUGAUGGGUAUGUUUGUUUUAACAUGUCAAUUCCAUCCAUGCUUGUGGAAGUUAUAGCCAGCCUUGUUGGUCUUCACGAUGUCGUCUUGUUCAGGUGUAGCAUUGGCUCACAGAAAACUCACCAGAGAUACUGCUCACAGAAUACCUUGGAAAUGAGGCAGCACUGAUAGAUAUAGUACAGCAUUAGAACCAAUGUCUGUACUGUUCAUGCUUCAUCUGCACUUUUUAACUAAGAGUUACCUUGUACGGCAGAAUAAAUAUUACCCUAGAAAUGUACUGCUCAGUAACUUUCAUUUGAAUGGUCACUCUUAAGGAUUUUAUUCACACACUCAAUAUUUACAUGUACAUUGUAGAACCACCCUGCAUAUAGCAAUUAUGAGGAAAGUGCUUCUCAUCAACUUUCAUUUAAACUACUGCAAAACAUCUAUGUAGUACUUUUGGAAAGUCACACAAUCCAAGACUUGCCAAAGGUUUAAAUCAAAAUUAAUGUUAUUAAUGGAGAGUAGGGGUGGUGAAGUGGUGAGAGCUCUUGCCUUCCACCAAUACCGCCCCAACAUGGCCUGGGUUCAACUCCCAGCGUUAACGCCAUAAAAUGAGUGGAGUUUGUUGUCGUUUCUCUUCUCUGUACUUACGUUAGUUUUACCAUCCCCUCAAAGAACCAGCAUUCGCAAUUCCAAUUUGAUCUCUUGGAUUUACCUUGGUCAUGGCUCGGUAUAUUAAGGACUAGUGAAGUUUCACUCUGAUUUGAACCUUUUGUUUUCUUUGUCUUACAUCAUUCGUGAAUGGUUACCAAUGGUAACACAGAGGAUGAGCCGUAGUGUCUUCAGUUAGUUCGGGACACUGAGAAACUCGCAGGUUGAGCAGUUUUUUAUGGUUUUGGAUUUGUUUGGUGACAGUAAAGAAUAUUUUAUCAGCCUUUUUAUCUCCCUGGUUACAGGACUGUUAGAAUAUGGAACACUGAAAACCCCAAGAAGAACAAAACUGUCAUUAAAACGAAGAAUAAACAAGGUAAGGCUAUGGGUAACUUAAUAUACUGCACUUUGUAUAUAAACUUAUUAUUGGAAUAAUAAUUGCCAAAAUUAUUUUUGUUGUGAUUUGUUUAGGAAAGAAAACAAUUCCCACGCGCUGUUGUUUUAGCAGAGAUGGACGAAUCAUAGCAGCUGCAUGCCAAGUAAGCCGAUGCAGAUGAGAUUAAUUGUCCCUACCGAUGAUGGUCAUAACGUUUUCUUGAAUAGCAUUAGUAGCAUUCGUCAGGAUAACUAUUGUCAUCCAAAUCAAGCAAAACGAACCUGCAGCCUCAGGUCUUAAAAUGUACCUACAUUUCUGCUGACUAUCUAGACUGACUAUGGGACUAGAAAGCUUAGGGCUGUCUGCGUCUUUGUUUCACUGUAUCUCGUGUUUCGUCACUGGACACUGGACUUGUAUGGCUCAAGUCUAUGUAAUUGCUGGGUUUCUUUAGUUCUAUUUUGCUCAUAGAGAGAGGGAAGAUUAGGCUGUGUGAAGUCUCAAUUGUAUGUAGGUAGUUGCGUAAAAUAAUUAUAAUAACUCCGUGGCUUUCGAGGGAUAGAUUUCAUCUUGAAGGACAGGCACUCGUACGGGAAGAAGUUUUUUUAGUUGGGCGCUUGCGUUUUUUUUAUUAAUUUCGCAAGUUUAUUCUUAACUAUUUCCCACAAAUGAACCGGUUCCUUGGCUAAGGUACAGUUGUUUAUUCACUUAUUUUUUUACAAUGUUCUGUUAGGAAGCAAAACUAAUAGUUGUUUGUUUACAGUAAUACUUUCGCAUAGAUAAUUUCACUUAUAAACACCAUUACAAUGGUGUUAACCUGACAGUUUUUGUAGUAGACAAAGAGUUUGCUGAAGCCAGGCCAAUGUCCAUAAUAUUUCUACAUUUACAUUCGGGACAUUAAAUUUUUUUCAACACUUUGAUCCACCCCUUUAGUAUUGCCGUCAGGGUUUGCUGUGAUAUUGUUAUUACAAGUAUCUCGUUUCAUUUUGUUUUUUUUAAUAGGAUGGUUCUAUUCAAGCGUGGGACACCAGAAAGCCAUUUGUAAGUCAGCAGGGCUAUCCACACUAA